GAGAACGUUACUAUUACCACUUAAUAGUUUCGUUUACUAGAAUUUCAGCGAUCCAUACUCUCAUCAUAUGGUACUUUGGGAUAUUCGUCCGUCCGUGAUGGUAUUGCCUAAAAUCUAAUCAAUAAAACACAAUGGCUGACAUUAGUAAAUCGCUUGAUGACAAUGUUGUCAUUUCACGUCGUACGUUGAACACAUUUGGUGGCGUGUUUUGCUCUGUAACGUUAUCCCAGUUCAGUAGCGUGAUAUUUCUACGUUUAGGGUUUAUUAUUGCUCAUGCUGGUUUGCUGGAAAGUAUAUUACAACUAUUACUAUCCUAUUUCAUCCUGUUGCUGACUGUAUUUUCUAUAUGCGCAAUUAGUACAAAUGGGGCAGUUGAAGGAGGAGGUGUAUAUUGUAUCCUUUUCUAUUGUAAUUAGAAGUAUUCGUAAGAAAAUGAGUCGUUCAGUGCUUUUCAUGCUCAAUUUUUCAUUUAACUUGGCAUUUCAGAUUGUUUUUAAUUGUAAGAAAUCUGAUUAGAUCUUGUCAUUCGUAUAUAAACGUACUAAUCACAUAUUUUUUCACCAUUGUGUAUACAUGUACACGUGUAUCGAAGGUGGCUUCAGCUAAACUGAAUUGUUAAAGAAGUAUUUCAUAUUUAUUUCAAAUUUGUGGUGAUACUGCUUGUAGGAAAAAUAGUUUAACUGACUUAUUAAUUUUCCUGAUUACUUCUGGAUGAAGUGGUUUUUCUAAAAGAGUUUGUCAGGCAAGGUGAACUGUUCUCGUAGGAAGAACUAGUUGUUAACCAAUGGAUUAGAGUGGUGACACUUUAAUCAAAUUUCAUUUGGUAAAGAUUUUUAAAAUUAUUCAUUAUGGAUCUGAUAGUGCCUACACAUGAAGGAAGCAAUUAAGUAAUUGAAUUGAAUAUGAAACCAUUCAGAAGUUUCACUAGUUAUGAUAUAUAAUGUUGAUAAUAAAUCUGAUGUUUUGAAAUUAAGUCAAGGGUAACUGCUUCGUUAUAGCAAUAUCAUACCUGAAACUGGAAUAAUAUUGUCAUAGUAUAUUGUAAAAAUCUAGUCUAUGUUCUCGAUCAUAUACUCUGGUUGUAAUGAUUCAGAAUGAUCACAUUAACAGUGUUUCUUCUAGUCGUUGACUCUGUGAAUCAUGAGGUUUCCCGAUAAUAAUGCAUACAUACCAUAUGUUUACCAGUUUAAAAAUUUUCGCAUAUUGUAUAGCUAACCAUAAACAAUGUGUAGCGGCCUGCGUUACCAUACUUUAUCAAUAACAGGUAGAGGAAGAGCGAAUAAGUCAAAAUCUCAAUGUAAUUUUCAUAGUAUAGAUUAUGAACUCAUCUUAGUUAAACUAUUAUUGGAAACCUAGUAGUGCUGGACGGUUUUUGACAGUUCAUGGGAUAAUAUUAUAAAUCUCAAUCUAAACAAAGGUAAGGAAUGAAUAAAGAUAUUGCAUUGGGACUGAACAAUUGAUUCCGACUACUACUCAAGCAACCAGAAAGCUUGCCACUCCAUGAACGCCUCUAUCUAAUAAUGACUUCACUGACUGUUAGGGUUUAUUUGUUUAGACACGUGUAGCUUUCUACAUUGUUUCUACUCCAGCCAACAUUGCUUCGGAGGAGUCUAUGGCCAAACAUGUCUUAAAUGCACUAACUGACUAAGGUUUUGGUUCUUAUCAACCGACUUACAGCCAUUAUAUAAUACUCUAUGACGAAACUGAGUAUCGCGUAGAGUUGUAUUCGUUCAGUUCAUUCAAGCUUUUAUUCAAAGUGAAGUAGUUAUUACGGUAUAUAUCAAUACGUUUUUGUGUUUUCUGAAAUUGUUUUCACAUAUUAACUGUAACUGAUUUCCUUGAUGGAAAAAUCAAUUAGUCAUGCUUAGUAGGACUUUAGGCCCUGAAUUCGGUGGAGCUAUUGGAUCGAUAUUUUUCCUCGCACAAGUUUGUAGUGCUGCUUUGUAUAUAGCGGGAUUAGUGGAAGCUGUGCUCAUAAAUUUUGGUCCUGGAGGUAUUUUAUUCGAUGGGGUACUACCUGGUGAAAAUCACUGGUGGAGUUACCUGUAUGCCAUAGUUAUUCUUGCACUUUGUAUGUCUAUCCUAUUAAUUGGUAGUCAAAUGUUUGCUCGUGCUCUGUACUUCAUUCUUGCAGUUGUGGUUAUUGUUAUUAUCUGCGUAUUUGCUAGUUUCUUUCUACAACCAAAAUUGAUACCUUUGCCAAGAUCUAAUUCGCUUAUUUAUAAUUCAUCAACAUCAAAUAAUAUAACUAUAUUUGCCGAGUUUACUGGCUUAAAUGGGAAUACAUUCAAAGAAAAUAUUUAUCCUAUGUAUUCAAAUGAUUAUACCACUGGUUCAUUGACGUCUUUCGUCAUUGUUUUCUCCGUAUUAUUUUCUGGUGUAACUGGGAUAAUGAACGGUGCAAAUGUAUCUGGUGAAUUAAAGAAUCCUUCUCGUUCAAUCCCUUUGGGAACUCUAUCUGCUUUACUUUGUACAUUGUUAACUUAUCUCGUUAUGAUGAUAUUCUCAGCUUCUUCUAACAGCCGAUAUCUGUUAUUAAAUAACAAUAUAUAUAUGCAAUCAAUUAGUUUUUGGCAACCAAUCGUUGUAAUAGGUGUUUUUGCCACUACAUUAUCAGCAGCUUUAGGCAAUCUUAUUGGAGCUUCACGUAUAUUGGAGGCGAUAGCUCGUGAUGAAUUAUUUGGUCGACUUCUCCAUCCAGCAAAAUGGACCACAAAACGUGGAAAUCCGAUAGUGGCAGUCCUUUCUGCUGGGUUUCUUUGUUUGUUAAUUUUACUGAUUGGUAGAUUAAAUGCUAUCGCUCCACUUGUAUCUGUUCUAUUUUUACUGGCUUAUGCUUCGGUGAAUUUGGCCUGUGCUGGUUUAGAUGCUGCCUCACCACCAAAUUUCAGACCAACAUUUCGUUAUUUUAACUGGAUCACUUCAAUUUUGGGAAUGAUUGGUUGUUUCAUUAUGUGUUUAUUAAUUCAACCAAUUUAUACGGUAGUCGCAAUUAUUGUUUUAGGUCUACUUGUAUUUUCAUUAUAUCAGCGGCAUUUAGAAUCGUCAUGGGGUAAUAUUGGACAAGCGCUUCUAUUUCAUCAAAUCCGUAAAUAUUUAUUAUUGUUGGAUUCCCGUAAAGAUCAUGUUAAAUACUGGAGACUCCAAUUACUGUUACUUGUUGCAAAUCCACGUUCGUCAGCCUCACUUGUUCAAUUUAUGAAUAGUUUGAAAAAAGGUGGUCUUUAUGUAGUUGGUCAUGCAAUUUGUGGUGAUCCAGAUGAGUUCGUCGACCAAUCGGAUCCAUGUCUAAAUCAGCGUUGGUAUUGGACACAAUAUGUGAAAUAUUUGAAAACUAAAGCAUUUGUAGAAAUAACAAUUGACCGAAGUGUACGCAGAGCGAUAUCACAUCUUAUUCGAAUUUCUGGUUUAGGUGCAAUGCGUCCAAAUACAGUGUGCUUGGGAUUUUAUGAUGAUAAGCCGUCAAUCGAUGUUUUAGCUAGGAUUUGGAAAGAACGUAAAGUAAAAAAAUUCAGUUCAUGGCCAAAUCAUAUUCAUUCAUAUAAUUCCACGGAAUUAAUCAUUAAUAAUAAUGAUGCCCAAACGACAAAUGCUUAUUUAAGCAGCAGUGAACUAUUAGCUAAUUUCGGUUCAGUUCCGAAUCAGGAUUCAAAUUCUAUUUUUGUCAAUCAGAAUAAUACAGAUAAUCAAUUUUAUGGUGACCAUCGUUCUGGUCGUCUUACCUCGCAGGAAUAUGUCAGCAUUAUUCGAGAAAUUCUCAAUAUGGAGACCAAUGUUGUACUUGCUCGAAAUUUCGACAGAGUAAUUUUUGAUGAAGGUAUGUCUGGUUGGGAUGCAACUCGACGCUAUUUCCGUAAUAUUUUUCAUACAAAUAACCGUUCACAACGGUUAAAUUCAAAUUAUAAUAAUGGUUAUGAUGCAGGUACAGUGAUGGAUGUUACUAAUUCAAUGUCUGAGAAUAAUCCAUAUAUAGUAGACACUUCAAAAGUUAUAUUCUUUGAUAUAUGGCCAAUUAAUCUUCUUGGAUUUUAUGGUGAGAAUUUAAAUCUACCAUCAUCUUCAUCACACGAAGAAAUUUACAAGCAAGUGAUUGAUCGUACUGGUCUUUUCCUCUUACAACUUGCCUGUUUAGUCGCUAGAUCACCCUAUUGGCGUAAACGUCGUCAUCCACCAAAACUACGUGCAUUUUUUCCACAGUUACGUACAAUGAAUCCACCUAAUGGAGAGGUUGUUACCGUAACUGACAAAGCACGUUCUCAAUUAUCAACUUUGUUGAAAAAUUUACGAAUUCCUGCAGAAAUACAUCUGGUUGAUAUGGAUAGUUCAAUGAUGAAAAAAAAUUCAAUGUUGAAAAAUAUUGAUGAUAAUAUUAAUAAUAACAGAAGAAUAAUCUGUUUAAACCAAUUAAUUCUGUCUCAUUGUCAUCCGAAUACAACAGCUUUAUUUCUCUAUUUGCCUAAACCAAGUUCAGAUUUAUCAUUAGCUGAUAUUUAUUUGAAUCAAUUGAAUAUACUAACCGAUACGUUACCGCCAACAUUGUUAGCUCAUGGUUUACAUGAGGUCACUUCAGCUGAACUGUAAUGAUUUAUUUUUGAUUUUGUGUCUUAAUAAGAGUUUAAAAAUGAGUGGGCAACAACAUAUGUAUUAUGUCUAUCUAGUUGUUUUUUCUCUGAUUGAAUUCAAUAUUAAUUAUUUGUGUGUCUGCGCAUACAUGUAUGUCCCUUUUGGAUUAAUACGGUGUUUUUUGCCAAGUGUCUAUGCCUUAUUUACUAUUUCGUUAACGCAACAAGAUUAUAGUUGCCUUCCUUCAGUAUUUUUUUUAUAUUCACAUUUCUAUGAAUGGCUAACAAUUUCACAGUAAUUUUUAUUGUCAGUAGUGAGAUUCAACCAAAUGAUCAUUACUUUAUUAAUAAACAUAAACUGAGUCAUAAAAAUCUAUGAUUACAAAGUGUUUAUCAUCAGAUAAAUGAUGAAAGUACAGUUUUUGUUAUUCAUAUCUUAUCUUAUUAAAUAAAUAAUUUCUCACACGCAUUGUUGGUUGUUUGAAGCCUAAAUUUGCUAGAUUGAGUAAUGAAAAAGAACAGUUACAAUUCUUCUACUAAAAAAACAGUUUGUUUCAAAUGUUAAUAUUUACCAUUACUUCAAUUGAGUGUUUAUUUCUUAUUGUGAAUUCAAAAUAUAAUUAGUCUAUGUUGAAUUACAUAUAUUAACACAUACACACACGCGUAAGGCAUGUUUAUGAACAGUCUGUUCAUGUUCCAAUCAUCAAUACAAUGUACUUCGUUGACCUAAUUGCUAUUUAUAGAUGUAUUUUGAUAAAUAAUGAUGAUUAGAGAAUAAGAACUUGGAUAGAAAAUCAAAAAAAAUAAACAGCAACAUCUAAAUAGCAUGUUGAUUCGUGAACUUUAUUAAUUGUCUGAAUGUAAUCAACCUAAUUACAUUUAAUCGUUUCUUUCUUCACUUUUUUAUAUUGUCAUGUUUAUAUGAUUUUAACUAAAUUUAUGGAUUUUGUAUUUUAAUAGAUGUGCAUUCAUUUUUCUCUUCUAAUCAGAAAUUUUUAUUUUUGGUCAACUACAAUUGCUUUAUUUUUUUCUUUUCAAUUACGAUAAAUACAAAUAUAAACGGUGACAACUAAUUAAAACGUUUAUUAUAACAGAAAUGCUUGUUUAUUUUAUUGCGUAAACGAUGGUAUUAGUUAUUAGCAAUAACUGAUGUUCAUAUUUUCAUGAUACAAAUUAUUUACUUG